GCUGCGCCGGUCCCCGAUGUGGCAUGGGGACGGGGCUCUUCUGGGCCCCAUUGCCGCUAGCUGUGUGUGUCUCGGGCUAGCCCUGCUGCCUUCCUGGGCCCUGGCCCCUCUGCAGCCCACGGUCCCCUGGGCAGGCCUGGCUCCUAGCGUGUGGUCUGCGGCCUUGCCCCCUGACCCAGCAGGGUGUUCAGUGUCCCAGCGAGGACUUGGCGCCUCUCCAGGUGGCCGUGUCUGCAACCAUGGAGUCUGGGUGCCCACUGCCCCCCUGCAGAUGCCAGCCCCUCAUGGGGCUGACCUGGAAGAAGCGGGUCCUGGCGGCCCUGCUGGGGGCUGCGGUGGCCUCAGGCCUCACCACGCUCAUUCUCAUCCUGGUGGAGGCCACCAGCAUCCUCCUGCCUGCAGACACCAAGUUUGGGGUCGUGUUUGACGCCGGGUCCUCCCACACGUCCCUCUUUGUGUACCAGUGGCCGGCAGACAAGGAGAAUAACACAGGUGUGGUCAGCCAGGCCCUGGCCUGCCAGGUGAAAGGGCCUGGAAUCUCCUCCUAUGCCUCGGAUCCCACCCAGGCUGGCGAGAGCCUGGAGGACUGCCUGGAGGAGGCAGUGGCACUGGUCCCGGAGGAUCGGCGUCGGGAAACGCCCCUGUUCCUUGGGGCCACAGCUGGCAUGAGGCUGCUCAGCCAGAAGAACAGCUCCCAGGUGGGAGACAUCCUCGCGGCGAUCAGUCGGGUCCUGGGCCGGUCUCCCCUGGACUUCUGGGGUGCUGAGCUCCUGGCUGGGCGGGAUGAAGGUGCCUUAGGUUGGAUUACCAUCAACUACGUCCUGGGCGUGCUGGUCAAGUAUUCCUUCUCUGGAGAAUGGAUCCGGCCUCUGGAGGGGCCCCUGGUGGGCGCCCUGGACAUGGGUGGGGCCUCCACCCAGAUCACCUUUGUGCCCGGAGGCCCUAUACUGGACAAGAGCACCCAGGCCACCUUCCGCCUCUACGGCUCUGAGCACAGCGUCUACACCCACAGCUACCUCUGUUUCGGGCGUGACCAGAUGCUGACCAGGCUCCUGGCUCAGCUGCUGCAGAGCAGCCCCGGCCCCCUGAUCCGCCAUCCGUGCUACCACAGUGGCUACUGGGCCACGCUGUCCCCAGCAACCCUGUAUGAGUCACCCUGUGUCCACACCACACCCCCACCAGGCCUGGCCUGGAACCUCACUGUGGAGGGAACAGGGAACCCCGGGGCCUGCGUCUCUGCCAUCCGGGGCCUCUUCAACUUCUCCAGCUGCGAGGGCCGAGGACACUGUGCCUUCAAUGGGGUCUACCAGCCCCCUGUGCAGGGCCAGUUCUACGCCUUCUCCAACUUCUACUACACCUUCCACUUCCUGAAUGUGACCUCCAAGCAACCGCUGGCCACCGUCAACGCCACUGUCUGGGAGUUCUGCCAGAGGCCCUGGAAGCAGGUAGAGGCAAGCUCGCCCGGGCAGGACCACUGGCUUCGUGACUACUGUGCUUCAGGCCUGUACAUACUCACACUGCUGCUCGAGGGCUAUGGGUUCAGUGAGGACACCUGGUCCAACAUUGAGUUCCGGAAGCAGGUGGGCGGCACAGACAUCGGCUGGACGCUGGGCUACAUGCUGAACCUGACCAGCAUGAUCCCAGCCGAGCCGCCCGCCCUCUGGCAGGCAGAGAGCUACGGCGUGUGGGCGGCUGGAGUCGUCUUCGCCGUGCUGACUGUCGUGGCUACCCUCGGGGCCGCCGCCGUCCACCUCCUCUGGCUCCGGGGCUGAGUUGGGCUGCCCCCUGGCACUGGUGGGGCGCGGGGGUGGGGGGCUGCCCCAGCCUGGACGGCUGCACGGGCCAGAGCCUUCCCGUGAGCCCUGCCGGGUCUCCCUGUGUCAUGGGCUCUGGCCCCCUGGUCAGAUGGCCCCACCCAGCCCUCAGGGUCACUCUGGCCAAGUGGGCUGUAUUGUGGCCUCCCCAUCCUGGCCCCCCGGGUUCCCUUCUCCACCGCGCUUCCCAGGACAGCAGGUGACUUCCUGCACAAACGCUGGGACACAGGGCCCUGCAGCACUCAGGGCUGUGCCAUCUGUGGUGUUGUGGGACGUGAAGCUGCUCAAGCCCGGAACGGGGAGUGACUGCGGG